UGAUUCUGAUCACCUUUUCAUUAUCAUUGAUUGUAGUUGUACCUCUGUGAGUUGUAUCUACAGUGCAGUGUAGAAAUAAAAAUGACAAAGUACCCGAUAGUUAUUCUUUUGGGCUGUCUGUUUAUCUUCUUUGAUGUAUUGGAAGUGGCUAGUAUUUCUAUCAACGCCGUAGCGAGUCUAUUAGGGCAAAUAUCUGACAGAAUAGAGUGUAAACUCCCUCCUUACCCACAACACGGCAAAUGGAAACUCGCGGGUGGAAAGGCCAAACCAGGUGACACAGUACUAGAAAGUAGCGUUAUCGUAUUCGAAUGUGACGUUGGCUACAAAUUGUCUUCCAAAAUUAAGCACCUUUAUUGCGACGAAGACUGGGAUUCCAUAGAAAUACCGGAAUGUGAAGAGUCAUGUCCUAAACUGUACUCUUCAACUAUAUACGACUUGAAGUGCACCGACAAAAAGGGAAAUAAAAUCAAAUGCAGCGAGGCUACUAACGGAACGUUUUUGGAAUACAACUGUGCCCCCUUUUACGAAACGCCCUUUGGAUAUAGGAAAACAUUCCUGUGCCAAAAUAAAAAAUGGGAUCAGAAACCUGUGUGCCUUCCAGUUUGUGGGAAGAAAAUUACAGAUGACACCAAGACUCUGAUUUAUGGUUCCAAACCCAACGACAAACUGGAAUAUCCUUGGGUUGCGGCGCUUUAUAUUAAGAUAGACGGUUCGUAUGAAAAUAUUUGCGGCGGAUCAAUUUUAAGCGCAACAGUAUUGCUGACAGCUGCUCACUGUGUCACAAAUGAGUAUGGGGAUGUCAUGCCAGCAGAUAAAUAUGCCGUUGGGGCUGGAAAGCUUUUUAACAAAUACGAAGCUCCUGAAGAUGAUCACGCACAAUACCUACAAGUUUCAAAAAUAAUUGUUUCUGAAGACUACAAAGCGGAUAGAAGACGUUUCCUGGCAGACAUUGCAGUCUUGGUAACUAAUGGAGAAUUUAUAUUCAGUGAAGUCAUACAACCAGUUUGCUUCAACAACGUAAAAAACAUCCACCUGCACCCAGGAAGCAUAGGAGAGAUAUCAGGUUGGGGGCUCUCAGAGGGCGAAGUCGCGUCCGAUGUGUUGCGGACGCUGAAAAUCCCUUACAAGUACGAAGCAACCUGCGCAGCAGAGUUACCUAGAGAUUGGUCCGACAAGUACAACAUGGCAGAUAAGAUAUGCACGGGUUUCGUGGACCAAAAUACUAGCGUGUGCGAUGGUGAUAGCGGCAACGGCUUGGCCUUCCAAAAUCCGGAAGACAACAGGUAUUACAUUCAUGGCCUCGUGAGCUUGGGGCCUAAGAAAGACUAUCAUUGCGACAUCCAACAGAAUACCCUCUACACCAGAGUGGCUUAUUACUACCAAUUUGUGGACAACCUUUUAUCGCGUUACAAUCCGGAAAUCAAAGACUGUAAACUGCCCGCUCAUCCCAAAAAUGGCAAGUGGACAACCAAGAAAAAGGGUAUGAAGCCAGGAGAUGUCGUUCCAUCGAGUAUCAUUUUGACAGUGAGAUGCAAUGUGGGGUACACGCCAUCAUCUCGGGCAACUAGCGUUGAAUGUGGUUCUACUUACUACAUGCCUACAUGUCAAAAGCUGUGCUCUACGCCAAAUUUCCCGAAAGGGACGUUCUCCCAAUGCACCAAUGGGGAAGGGCAGGCCAUUCAUUGUUCGGAAGCCGUCGACGGAACGACGCUGUCCUACCUUUGCCCAGUUCUGUAUCAAUCUGCUCCUGGUACCACCAACGUGAGGACUUGUGUAAAAGGGUCCUGGGAACCUUCCCAACCAGAAUGUGUGAGGAUCACCAAACAGUGUGGUAAAGCCACAACUUCUGGCGAUACAGCCCAAAAAGGCUUAAAAUAUCCUUGGACAGCAGGAGUUUACAAGUUUCAUAAUAGCACGGAGGAAAAGUAUAAGUACAUUUGUGGCGCCUCGAUAAUUUCAAAAAAUGCCGUUUUAACGGCUGCCCAAUGCGUAACAGAUAAUUCAGGCGAUAUACUGUCGAGGAAAAAUUAUUUGGUUGCUGCAGGACAGGUCUACGCCAAGUACAACGACUCUAGAGACGUGCAAGCUCAAUACAAAGAAGUGUCUCACAUCGUAAUUCAUCCGUAUUAUAAGCCCGCAUUUUUUCACCCUGGAGAUAUAGCCAUACUAUUCGUAAACAGUCCGUUUACACUCAACGCUUUCGUACAGCCUGUGUGUUUCCCUAACCGCAUUGAUAAAAUGCUCCAGAUUGGUGAUAAGGGAAUGAUUUCGGGAUGGGCGUUGGAAGAAACUGAAAAUUUUUAUGAACCCGAUGCGUUGGAAGUCACGUUUACAGAAAAAAACAUCUGCGACGAGGCGUCCUACGCUCGCGAAACGAUAAACACUCAAGAUAAAAUUUGCGUCAGUUUUAGCAACGACUCCCUUUGUUUGCGCCCUGAUGACGUCGGAAAGGGUUUCUACUAUAAAAAUCCAGAGGACGGCAGGUACUACAUUCACGGGAUUGCCAACAUAGCCUCCGACACGUCCCAAGAAAAAUGCAUGAAGAAGGUCUUGCUCACCGAAACGUUGUCUUACUAUGAUUUCCUUGACUGUGUAUUAUCGAAAUUUUCUCGAUAAUCGUGUACUAUAUUUAUACUAUAUGCUGCAUACAGUGUGAUGUGA